GGACGCGAACGUCCGCGUGUCCCACAAAAAACUCCUCUUUGUGUGUCCAGAAUUUUUACAAAAUCUUGCCGGCUUUUUUUCCCCCCCGUUUGUCCGUCCAAUAAUAAACAUUCAUUUAGAAAAAAAAACUCGUGUUCUUCGCUUUUUAGUGCUUCCGAAAUUCGAACAUUUAUAAUACGAAUUCGUUUAUAAUAAACAAGAGAGAUAGAGAAAGACAAUUUGAAGUGUUUUCGCCAGGACUUUUCGUUUAAUAGCCGGGUUUUUUUUUCUGACAGUGUUUUUAUUUGUGUUAAAAGAGGAAAAAAAAAAAAUAGUUCGUGUGUGAUUGUGAAUUCUUUUUUUGUUGUUGAAAAGUAAAUUUUUUUGGUGGUGAUGUAAUGGACAAAUUGAAUGAUCAACGACAAUUAGAGUGUUUGUGAAGAAUUGAAAACGAUUUGCGUGAUUUAAUAUAACGUGUGAGAGAAGCGUUUAAUUCGGUCGUCCUUUGUGACAACCUAACCUCACUUUUUCUUCUCUGUUGAACUUUGGCCGUGUUUGGGCCUUAAUCUUGUGUUGAGACCGCGAACCGCGGAUCAAAGCAGCCAAAAUUCGGGUGAAGAACAGAGAACCGUUGCCAUCCUACGCGAUGGAGAUAUCGGAUGAAUAUCAGGACAUUGGGAAUACCGGCGGUGGUGUUGCUAUAUCCAACAUGCCAAUUCCGCAUCAUGGGCAUACGUCCGAAAGUCCCAUGUCGCAUCAGGAGGAAGAUUUAUCAGAUCCAGAUCUCCAGGAUGAGGAAAGUGGCGAGGAACUACCACAACAGCCCCUUCAGGGUAAUAAUCAUUCUUCACAGGAAGUUGGUUCGAUUCCUGUCAGUACACCAACGCCAAUAGCUCAUUUAAAUAAUCUCAUGAAUUCUCAUCAUCCACAUUUUUUGGCGAAAUUAAAAAUGGAGAAUGAUCUGGAAACGUUGAGCAAUCAAAAAGGCCUCGAGGCACUGCAAGCGGUUUGCGGAAAUGGCAAUUUCAGUUUACCAUUUUCGUUUCCAAUGCCACCGGCAUUUUUACCACCGCAUCAUCAUAGUCAAAAUAGUCAUUCGCUGCCUGGGGGUGGAGGCAGUGGCGACGGUGGUGGCGGCGGCGGUGGCGGUAAUGCAAUGACAUCCUCGGCAAGUUCACAUUCAAGUGAAUCGUCACAAAGUAGCGCUCGUAAUGGAAUUGAAACAACACGUGAACGUGAGAGUAGUAAUCAUUCGCAAAAUAAUUCACAAGGAAAUUCACAUCAACAACAAACCAGCUGGAGCUUCGAGGAGCAGUUCAAACAGGUGCGUCAGAAUAAUAAUUGCACGAUGCUAUCGCCGGAACAUUACUCAGGGAGUAUUACGAAAUUGCAGACGGGUGACAAUCAACUACGAAUGUUGUACGAGAUCAACAACGAUCCGAGCAGAAAGGAGUUCCUUGACGAUCUUUUCAGUUUUAUGCAAAAGAGGGGAACGCCGAUCAAUCGAUUACCGAUAAUGGCAAAAUCUGUAUUGGACCUCUACGAACUCUACAAUUUAGUCAUUGCCCGAGGCGGAUUAGUUGAUGUCAUUAACAAGAAACUAUGGCAGGAAAUAAUCAAAGGUCUUCAUCUUCCGUCAAGCAUCACUUCUGCCGCAUUUACACUCCGCACACAAUACAUGAAAUACCUGUAUCCAUACGAAUGCGACAGGAGGCACUUGUCAACGCCAGCAGAAUUACAGGCGGCAAUCGAUGGAAAUCGAAGGGAGGGACGACGGAGCAGUUAUGGAGCAUACGGUGGUGCAGGUGAGACCCUGGUACAGAGGAAUCCUCACACACCAAAUUCAUUGGCCCUUCAUCCACAAAUGUCACCCUUGUCACUUGUCACAGCGGUGACAGGUCAACAUCACGGGCCACAAUCUUUGGUUAAUGGAAGCGGUGUUCAUACACCCCUAUCACAUCCUCAUCAUCCACAGCAUCCACAAGGAACAAUGGGACAACCUAAUGCCGUUCCAGGAUUGGUACCACCAGAAUUGGAAGCUAGAAUGUUUGAGUACAUAAAGCAUUUGAAUAAAGAGCUUAUGAACAAGGAAUUGAAAAACGCCAGUUCUGGAGAUCAAAUGAUGAUGCAUCGACAAGGCAGCGCAUCGCCGCCAACAUCGACAUCACCACGUGACGGCGGUUUUUCCGCAUUGGAAAUGUCACGAUUAACAAUGUGGAAUUUGUAUAAUAACAAUUCCAUUUAUCCUGGCGUUGGUCAUCAUCCACCUUACUCACCACAGCAGGCACAUUCACCUGCGCCUCCAGCUUCCAGUCCUGAACCUCAGAGGGAAGCUCUGGAUCUUGGUCUCAGGUCAUCACCAUUGUCUUCAUCCCCACAAAGACAAAGUCCCCCUUCGUCAAGUGGAAGUAUUCAAGUAAAAAAUGAACAGGACUUAAUUGCCAGAGCUGCAGUUGCUGCCAGUAAAAGGCUCAGGCUAGAAGACGAAGUUCCCGAAGAGAAGGAAACUUUAUUAUCUAAUCCACGCACCAAUAUAACAAUCUCCAAUAGAGGCGAUGGUCGUAACGGAGACAAUUCUCUCGUUGUUAGUAUAGAAUUGAAUGGAACCAUGUAUCAAGGUGUAUUAUUUGCACAAUCCGCAAGUAAGGACCUCACGACUCCAACCAGCAACAGUGCAAAGACACCUCGUACUAUUGUCUCGUGAAGAGGUAUAAAAUUUCAUUUUCUGAAAAAUCUCCGAGAUUUAGUUUAACAAAAAAAAAAAGAAAAAAAAAUCUUUGCUCGUUCAAAUCCAGAACGAAGCAGUCUCAUUUAAUUAACGUUUUCCAUUUUCUAAAAAAGAGUAUGUUGACAAGUAUUUUUUUUUCUUUUUUUUUAAACAUAUUUAAAAAGAAAAAAAUCUCGUUUAGUGUAUUAAAGUAUUUAAUAUUUGUUUAUUUGACACGUUUAAAUUUAUUAAGGACAAACCUUAUCGUAAAAUUUGUAUAUUUUUCAAAUUGUUUUGCAAUUUUCCUCUUGAAGAUUGUAAAACACUUUUUUUUUUGUUAAGUAUUUUUUUCAAGGAAAUAUCAAAAAGAAAGAAUUAUUGAAAUUCUUUGAAAAAUUAAUUUAAAUUUUAACUUUUUUUUUUAUUCAAGGGAACUUGAAGUUUUUUUUUUAAAUUAUAAAUUUGAAAGACUGCUACGCUCUGAAUAAAUUGAAUGGAUGAUGGGUGAUAAACAAAUAUGUAUGUUUUGCGUGCAAUUAACAGAUUUUAUUUAAAAAAAAAAGAAAAAAAAAGUAAAUCUCAUGCCUCGCGCUUCUUUUUAAAUGUAUAACCAAAAAAUUGUUUUUCACUCAGUAUUACAGAAAAAAAAAUUGAUUACAAAUUUUACAGUGAAAUUCGUAAUACUGAUGUUAAAGAAAACAAGGAUGUUUAGUGGACCUUGUUAAUUAAUUAAUUUUGUGUAAAUUUUACAAUGGCUGUUUAAUCUGGUCCUUUUUAAAAAGCAAAAAAAUAGAUUGUCGCGAAAUUUAUUGUUUUUAUUGGAAGCGCCUGGCUAGAGUUAGUAUUAUAGAAAAAAAAGGAAAAUGGCUGAGAAAAUUUAUUUCUUGGCGAAAAACACAGUCGAAUGUUUUUUUUCUAAUUUCUUUCUCUUCACUAAAUCAAAACGACUUAAUUUAUUUAUUAUCCUCGAUUCCUAGACUCGCGUUCGCGUCUUGCGAGUUUUUUUUUUGUUUUUUACUCGCUAUACGAGAGAAAUCUCACACUCUUCUCGUCGAUUUUAUAUAAUAUAGCAUUUUUUUAUUUUAUUCUUGUGUAAAUGAUUAUUUUUUAAAACCAUCUACGACCGUAAUAGUGAUGAAAAACUAUAUAACUUCUCGUUGUCAUUAUUAUCUGUUAAGUUUGUAAAUAUAGCGAGCGAGAGAUCUGACGUAAAAGUAUAUAUAUAAAUAAUUAAAAAUAUGUAUAAAUGUUUAGAAUCGCUUUUUAUUAUUGAAAAAAAAAUUUUCGAGACUUUUAUCAAUGUUCCGCUUCUGUAGAAUUUUUUUUUAUAUAUAUAAAUAAAUAUAUAUAUAUAAUAUUUCGAGUGUCUCGAUACCCGCUUUUCUUUAAUGAAAACGCGGUUUGCCAGUAAAUAAAAAAAAUAAAAUAUAUGGAAAUUAAAAAAUAAAAUAUAUUUCGAGACAAUUGUAGAGAAAAUGUUGCAAAUCGUUUGUAAGACGUUCAUAUAAUUAUUUUCGUUGUCGAAAUUUGUAAUUUAAAAAUUGUACUAUUGUUGUUUAUUCGUAUUUUUUAAUUUUUCGUAUUUUUUAAAAGCGUCAAUUUGUAAUAAAAGAAAAAUUUUCUACGAGAAUUGUAAUGUUUGUAAAUUAAAUUAAUUUAUUGUAAAUGAACGUCUGAAAAAAUUCGCAACACUUAAAGUAAAGAAAAAAAAACUAUAUAAUCUAAAUAUAAAGUAUGUGCGAAAUCUUAAAUUAUGUUUAGGAAUCUUAUGCAAUAUUAUAGACAAAUUAUUUGUAUAUUAUUUGCGUACAUUUUUUUUUACUUCUACUGCAUAAAUAUUCUUGAUAAAAUCUUAAAUUGUUCUUUAAAAAAACACAUCUAUGGAAUAAAUCUGAUUUUUAUUGAUUUGUGCAGUUUAGGAAAAAGAAUUGUAAAAAAAAAUGUUUACAAGUUCUCUUUUAUCGAAUAGAAAAAAAAUGUACGUUUAUUUGUCUUUAUCUGAUUUUAAUUAAUUUUAAAAGAAAUAUGAAAACGAAAGAGAAAACGAGCGGUGGAAUGGAAAAAUAUUUUGUUCAUAGAUCGAAGUUUAGCCAAAAAGACUGUUACAUAGGACGAAUAUUACUCUAGCGACUAUAUAAUUCUUACGACGAUUAAUUAUUAGAAAAAAUAUCAUCAUGAUCAUUAUUAGAAUUAAUCUUAGAAAUAAAAAAAAAUGCGGCUUACUGCUACGUUACGUAAUUUUAAAAGAAAAAAAAGCAUAAAAAAUUACAUGGAAAACAUUUUUAAAAAAUUUUUGUAAAUUCUAAAUUCUUGAAGUAUUUAAAUUUUAAAAAAAUGUAAUUAUUCACUUUUUUAACGAAAGUUUUUAUUUAUUUUAUAAGAUUGUUUUUUUUAUGAUGAGCAUAAUAUUUGGUAGAAUUUUUUUUCCUUUUUUUUAAGAAUUGGUAGUAAAGAAAUUUGUGGUUUUUCAUUAAUUUUUUUUGUUAUUAAUUCCGAUGAUGAUGGCUCGCUUUGUGACAAUGCAAAAUGCUCGUUUUUUGUAUUAUUGUCAUGUUCAAUUGUGAUUUAGCGAGAAGCUCGUUAGGCAUUUGUUAAAUAAUUAGGGCCACCCAUUUGCAUAAGUGAUUUUUCUCUUUAAAAUACAUUUCAUUUUUAAUAUGUAAUAAAAUAAAAGUAAAAAAAAAAAAUAAUAGCACUACACGUACACGCAUAAUAAUCAAUGUUGUAUAUAUUACUAUUAUUAUCGUUUGAAGGAGAAACAAAACACUGAUGACAUUUAUCUACCAUAAACUUCUGUAGCAGCUUAGUUACUUGUAAAUCUAUGUAAACGUGACCCACGAUUAUGAAUAAAAAAAACAUUACUUUUAA